AUGUUCGACGACCACGACAAGAGCCUGACCUCCAGCAAGGAGAGCGCUUUGACCGAUCAGACGGAAGAGGACGAGAAUCAUGACAACCGAAAUUUCGAACAUAUCAAAUGCAAAAAUGUCUGGGUCUGGAAGAAUGCAACUUGUCAUGCUAAAUCCGAAGCAUGCAAAAAUCUGUGCUGCAUGAUUACCAAAAGUCGUCCAGAUUUGACCAAGUCGGGAGGGAGUUUCUCAUGCAGGAUAGGCAUGAGAGAGAUCGCGCAGAAUCUGUCAUGCUAGGUCCUGCAUUCCAGACCUCAUGGGUCAUGGAAAAGCUGCAUGACAAGUCGCGCAUUCUUCCAGAUGACCCAGACACUUUGCAUUUGAUAGAACAGCACGGUGAACCAAACGAAAGCAACUCCGGACCAUCAGCCUCGUCCAGCGCGGCAGGGAGUAGGACAGGCACGAAGGAAACGAAAGAGGCGAUACAGGAAAAUAAGUACAGCAAUCGGGGUGCGGUCGUGCCGGGGUCAUCUACAGCCUUGGCACGAGGCGGAGGACUUCUACAACAAGGAGUCGUUUCCCCAAGAGGCGAGGCAGUAUUACACCAUCACCACCCGAACACCGCCUUGUCCGCGGUGCAAUUUUCAUCCGAGAUGAGCUGCAAUUUUUCGGCGCAACAAGCUACUCCAAGUUCCCCGAGCAAAAGCCCCGCGCAGCAGCAGCAGCAGCAUCACCAAAAUCUGAAGAAACGCACCGCGACGGCGAUGCUGAAUGAGAGGGGCUACGUGGAUCCGGGUAGUCCCGCUCGAGCUGGAGCUGGUGCAAGUAGCAGUGGCAACAAAUCCCCGCUUUUCCUGGCGAAAAGCAAGGGGAUAAUAGGUGGUGGCGGUGGCUCCUCUUCCAGCACGGGGAUGAUCACAGGUAGUUCCGGUAGCAGGAUGAUCAACCUGAACAAUGCUGGAACCACAAGUAGCAUCGGGAGUAGCAUGACAAACUUCGGGUCUACUAGCACGACGAGGACGAACAGUAAGCAGAGGAUACUCCAAACCCAAGACAGCACGAUGUCGACGACGUCUGUGCAGUCGAACUUGAGUGUGCAAUCUGAUUCCCGACAAGCAUCAAAUCGUCCAAACAAUUCUCCCACGCGUGGUGGUGUUCCUGGAGUUGUUAUCGCACCAGGAGCAGCUGCUCGGUCGUCCCAGCAAGCUCAGUACAACCAUCUCCGAAUCAGCCGCAUGCAGCGGAAAACCGCUUUAGGAAUGAACAUCGCGAUCCAGGCGGAGAAGGGCAUCCCCUUGAACGCAAAAAUCACGAUCAUACAGGAGAUCGACGAAUACCGUGGGUUAAACUGGUUCGCGUGGGUCUACCACUUGUUUUAUCCUGUGCAAAAGUAUCGUAUUCGUAUUGCGAUCAUGCAUUACAAAUCGUUUUCUUAAGGUAAAUCAGCAUUACAAAUUUUAUUUCUCAUGCUAAGGAAAUUUGCAAUGCAUUUAUACGAGUGCGAUGCUUUUGCAAUGCAUACGUUUUCCCUCAUUUUGAUCUUCAUCGCGAGCUACUGCUGGUUCGGGCCGCUGACAAGCAUGCUGAUCACCAUCGGGUGUAUUUUACACCUCUUUUCAGCCUCUCCCGAUGGGACGAAAAGGAAUCAGUGGAACAUCUGGGUUUCUCUGUACGCGGAGAUCACGACCAUAUGGUGCUUGAUCAUCGGCGUCAUGAAUCUCUGGGCGAAUUCUGCGUUAGCUGCGGCGGAGAAAUUAUUGAAAGGAAAAAUCCCCCCUCCUCAUAUUGAAAAGGUAUGUCACCGAAAAUCUGUGUUGCUGAUUUGAGGUCACAAAUCAUAUUUGUCUAUGCAAGAAGGCAACUCUAUCUCUACAGUGUCCGCCGCAUUAUGCGGACGGUUUGUGAUGCUGCUUGGGCUACUGCAUAGACGUUUGUGAUGUUAAGCGUCCACGUCAGAAGCUCUGCACUCAGGCGCGGCAUCUGCCUCCAAUCCUGUACUGCAAGACAGCGCCGAUUUUUGUACGGAAAUCCAGAGUCAGAAACUUCGUUUUGAUAUGGGGAGGGGGGGUUUUUCCUUACGAUAGAAAUCCGGAACGGGAUCCUCCCAGAUCAACCCGACGAACUUCUCGCUGUUAUCCUUCGCGUAUGCUGCGCAAAAGUAUCGUACUCGUAGUAAUUGCAAAUCUGCAUGGCAAACCUUCCUCCUAAGGUAAAACAGCAUUACAAAUUUCACUUUUCUUCUUGCCAAAAGUUGUAAUGCAAUUUAUACUAGUAAGUUACUUUUGCAAUGCAUAUCGCGUACUGGCGGAAUUUCAGCUUUAUCCUCUUCGCUUAUCGAAACCUCUGGGUCUGGAAUUUCCUUUCCCGCACGGUGAUCUUCGGGUGGAUGAUGCUGAUUGCGUACAUCAACGCGGAAGUGAGCUUCAUGAAAUACUACGAAGAGGAGUACAGCAAUUUUAGAAUCACCAUGCGGAAGCUCGUUUCAGAGUACGAUGUGCGGUUCUCCCAGGCGCAGCAGUUGCAGAAUCAAGGGACAACCUGCUCUUCUAGUAGCUCUACAUUAGGAACAAAUGGCACCAGCUCGUCGGCUUCUCUAGACCACGAAGGGAAUGGCGACGAGGAAGUAGAUAUUCCACGAAAAAACUGCUGCACUGUGAUGGUUUUGCAAGAUCCGCAGCACAAAUUUGCUACACAUGACACAGAAAAUUUGCCAUGCGCGCCUUCCAAGGGAAAACACGCUGAAAAAUCCAACGCCUUGCAGCUGUAGCAAGACAAAUAGUGCUGUGUUCAAUUCUAUGCAUCACAAGUUCACAGUGAAACAGUUUUUUCUUGCGAUAGUAGACGACGACGAGCUAAUGAGACGAACCACCAUGGCACUACCAAGGAUGAUAUGGAUUGCAAAUAUGUCUGGGUCUGGAAACUUGUAAUGCUAAAAGUGAAUGGUACUAGACGCACCACAGUACGCAGCUACGCAUGACAAAUUUUGUGGCUCCCAUGUCUUACGUAUAAUUCCGCAUGGCAAACUGCGUUUUGGCAUGACAGGUAAGAGGGCCUUUUCGUCGUGCCUAUGCAACACAGAUUCUCGAGUCAUGCCAGACAAGCAUGACAAACUUGCAUUCUUCCAGACCCAGACAUUUUUGCAUUUGAUAGAUGACCGCAGCCGUUCCGCCUUCGCCCAAGAGCGGCACUGCUUAUCCUGUGCAAAAGUGUCGUACUCGUAGUAAUUGAAGUCAUGCAUUAACGAUCUCGUUCCCAAGGCAAAUCAACAUGACAAAUUCCAUUUGUCAUGCUGAGCGAACUUGUAUUGCCAUUACUACUAGUACGAUACUUUUGCAGUUCAUACUGCUGGUGGUGGUGCUGUCAUCUCUGAUGCUGCGAUGAAUGAAGAUGCGAAAGAAGUAGUAGAGGAUGCACCACCUCUAGAUGAUCUUCCCUCGGAGCUCCAGCGAGAGAUCGACAGGUCGCUCGGUGGUGGAUCAACUUUGAUCAUGUCCAACGGGGGUGGAACUAUGACUACAGAGAAUGACAGCGUCGUCCUCGACUCCUCCGCCACCUCAACCUCCGACCUCUUGACCAGUUCUCUUGUUCCCAGCGGCAAUUCUCUCCCCAGAAUACAAAUCAUCAACGCGAAUCCGAAUGAACCAGGGAUGUUGAUGCCAGUGGUCUCAUCAACAACAUCUGCAGAGGUAGUUGAUGUGACGAGCGACGAAGCCGCCGCCACGACAUCCACUUUUUCAGGUACAACUUUGCGAGAGCGGAAGGCAGUGCCAGGUACUCCUACUCCUGCGCCAGAGAUGUUGAGCAAGGACGAGCAGCCUGUGCCUGUCGUGGUCCCGAAGAAGCACAUUCACUUUGGAACCACGAAUAAAAACCUCCACCACACGAACAGCAGUUUAAACAGCAACAACUCCUCCAUCCACGUUUCCAUCCUCUCCACUUCCACCAUCUCCUCCGCUUCCGGCGCGAUUGAAGAGUUUCACAACCUCUCCCAGCGCGCCUUCGAGAGAAUAUCACAGGAAAAAGUGUUUAACGUUAACGGAAUUUGUGAUGCAGCAAAAGCAAUGCAUCACUAAAUAACGUGCCAAAAUUUGUCAUGCAUAGCAUGCAUAUUGGGCUACAUUUGUGAUGCAUCACUGCAAUCGGUGAAGAAAACCGUUAAUCUUAAAAACUUUUUCUUGUGAUAGAGGAAGCAGCUGUUCCAGAAGCAGGCCCACAACGUGAUCGUGUUCUUCUAUCAAAUGUAAAAGUGUCUGGGUCUGGAAGGUUAGAACUUGUCGUGCUAAAUCUGAACGAUGCAGAAAUCUGUGUUGCGUGAGUGCCUAAAGCUGUCCGCUUUUGCCCAAGUUGAGAGGGAGUUUCUCAUGCAGGAAAGGCAUGAUAGAGACCUCAAAAAAUAUGUCAUGCUGGGUCUCGCAUUCCAGGCCUCAUGGGUAAUGGAAAACCUGCAUCACAAAGCUUGCAUUCUUCCAGACCCAGACAUUUUUGCAUUUGAUAUCUUCAGUAGGUGUACAAGAUUUCUGGAGAUGAAUCUCAAAACUCUUUUCUGGUACCCGUUUCUGAACAAAAAAGUCCUCGGGAAGGUUAUGACCUGCUCAAACGUUACAAUCUCAAGCGUUACAAUAGAAUCUGAGAUCUGUCUUGCAUGAUGAACAUGACAGACUCGGACAGCAUUCCACUUUCUGCAAUACAAAUUUCGCCAGAUUGUAGUGCGGAUUGGGACUCCAGAAUUUGUCAUGCGCGAUCCUAUGAGAGUUGGCUAGAUCAUGCACUCUUGCAUCACAGAUUUCCAUAUUCUAUUGCAACGUUUGAGAUUGUAACACCUGAGCGGGUUAUAAAGGUUCUUUUUCCGAGACCGCAAGAGCCGAUCGUCUUCACGUUUGACUUAUGCAUUGCAAAAGCAUCGCACUAAGUAUAAAUUGCAUUACAAAUUAGCCCAGCACUACAAAUUAAAUUUGUCAUGCUGAUCUACCUUGAGAAAGAAAUUUGUAAUGCAUAAAUGCAAUUGCUACGAGUGCGAUACUUUUGCAAAGCAUUUGACUCCUCCGAGCUGAAUGAGCUAAGUCGGAUGAAGCGGAAGUUGAAGCAUUUAGACGAAAAAAUCUACGUUGGCGGGUACUACGUAGAGUACGUUUUGUCCGCUCUGCUUCCCUCCCGGGUGUACAACAGCAAGAACAUCCGACGGUGGAUCAUCUGGGUGUUGGACAUUUUGCUUCCCUGUUGCUUCCUAAUCGCCGCGGUGCACCACUUAUGCUGUGCAAAAGUAUCGUACUCGUAAUCGUAUAAAUGCAUCCAUUACAAAUUUCCCCAGCAUGAGAAAUGAAAUCUUUCAUGCGGAUUUCCCUUGAGAAAAAAACUUGUAAUGCAUGAAUGCAAUUACUACGAGUACGAUACUUUUGCACAGGAUACCACUUCUACCAGUUCGUCAUCCACAAGGUGCAAUUUUUCGGCCGCCUGGAAACCGACCCCAUCAUGAUUUUCUUAUGAAGUGCAAAAGUGUCUGGGUCUGGAAGAGUCAUGCUGUUUUUGCAUGACCCAGAAGGUCUGGCAUGGGAGCUCUAGCAUCACAGGUUUCAGGAAGCUUUCGCAAUGAUGCCGAAUCCGCAGGACAAAUCUCCCAUUUAAUUUUGGUGACAGAAAGUGGGCAUCUUUUGCUACCUAUGCAUGAGAGAUUUUUCUGUGUCCUCAAGUGCGCAGCACAAGUUUGUACUCGCUCAGAAACAGACCACAUAUUUGCAAUCCAUAUUUCUUACGAAAAUGCGAUUCGUACGCGAGUUACAAAGCGGAACAGUGGUUCGGGGACAACACAGCGGCGAUUGCGUUGUAUUACACCCCCGGGUUUAUCCGCGACACGGUGUUGUACUUGACGAACUUCGUCUUCGCGACGUUAUCCUACACGUUACAAAGGAAAACGCCUAAUUGGAAAGGGAUAGCGACUUUUCCAAAACUUUUACUUUGACUUUUGGCAAAAUCGCUAUUUUGAUCGUCGGCAAUCCAUGCUUUGCGAAAAUUGUUUGGACCGUGCUGCCUGUUGCUGGUAAGUCCGCACUUUGGGAGUGGCAGAGCAUGAAAGGGCGGCACCUCUUCGCCGCGGCGUGUGCCCGCCAGCUGCCUCCCAUUUUGAUCGACGCCUCCAAGCAGGCUGCGGGAAAUGCCACCCGCCGCGCAUCGGACGGGCAGCGCCUCCGUGGUCGGUUGUUCGCGAUUAUUCGCGAGCGCUGUGGGGCCCUGUGCGCAUUUUGUGCACCUUUUGAAGUGGUGCGAGGGCGCUGGCCUUUGGCCUUUCAGUAUUCGCCCGGAUGUUGAUCGCCGCCUCGCGCUUCGGAAAUGCCGGGGCGCGUCGGCCCUCUUCGCCCUGAGCGCCUUUUAAAUAAGCAAUGGCACUGGCUGCCACUGCCAGGGCCCGAAACCGAAUGGGCGCGCCGCCCCGCCGCGGUGUCUUGGAUGGCACGCCGGCCGCGCGCUGCCUGUCCUACGUACCUUCAGCCCCCUACAUUCUGGCCCGCCGCUUGCCCAUUCUUACAAAAUAGAGGCUGUCGCGCCCCGGCAGUCUGUUUCCUGCCCGCCUUUCCGCGGUUACGCGACGCGACCGAAGCGCGCGCCAAAGGCGCCCCCCUUUUGCAACCAACGGGCAGAGGCGGUUCCUCCGCUCGUCUCGCUAGCGGUGGCAGAAGUGUCAAGGGCCUGCGGACGGGGGGCCACCCCGAUGGCCGGCGCGUGAUAUGGGUCUGUGGCGCGCUGUGGUGGCGCCACCUGUCUUUUUCGGUUGCCCGUCUAUUCUGCUUCGCCUGCUUGAACGAGAGAAGCAAAGAGGCAGCAUACCAUGCGGUCCGACGUCGGACCGCAUGGUAUGGUGCGCGAUGGUGGGCCAGCCUCACGCGCCAGGCCGUCCGUGCGUGCGGCAUCGCGUCGCGAUGUGGGGCCGACCUCCCCCGGUUGGGUGGGCUUCCCCGGUGGGGUGUUCUUUGGUUCAGGAAAUGGAUAACGCAACUCCCCCGGGUGGCCCGCCCCACAAGCGAGCCGGCGGGCGGGGGCCCCGUGGCCCCUCUGGUAUGUUGCCCUCCAGCACGAGCCUGCGUGCCUGGGUGGUUUGCCUUCUCUUGUAGGAUGUACCGCAGCGACCCCGUGGGCCGGCUGUAUCUCUGCAGCUUUCCCGACAAGAACCGCCAAAAACGGCCGGGGGCUUGGGGCGUUGGCUCGCGUUUUUUCGCAUGUUGAAGAUGAAAAAAACCCAAGCGCGCCCGCCUAUUUGGUUUUGUCUUACUUCAAUGAAUGCAGUCGCCGGUGGGCUCAGUCGGCCGCCGGGGGAAAGACUGUCUGAAAAAAUGACGUAGGGGGGUCGGCAAACGUGGCACCCUUCUCAGGCGCCGGCCGCGUGCGAUUCUGGCGCGCGACUUGGGGCGCCCAAAAGGGCGCCCCAAAAAACCCGCCCGAAGCCAGAACAGCGAAGCCGUAUGGCAGGGCCGCGAAACCGGUCGCGAAUCGAAAGCGGCCGCCCUUUUGCCGGGUUCUCAGCGGGGGGGCGCUAGCUUUGCAAAAGGCGCGGGCGCGAAAAAUAAUAAACAACGCAAAAAAGAAGAAACGCGCCAAGCGCGCGAAGCCAGCCCGCAUUCUAUGGGCCCGCUUUUCCUUCGGUUUUUGGGCGCCCCCCGCGGUGCCCGGGUCGGCCCGAUAGCAUCGGGGUUGGCUUUCGGGAAGGCGUUUUGGCAAGUUGCCCAAUGUCUGCCAUUUUCCCCAACCGGCCGCCAUACCGUGCGGCAUAACCUUACCCACCCCGGCACGGCGGGCCCAGAAAAAACAAAAAAGUGGCGUGGGCCAAGGUCGGCGGGCAAAGAAGCGGCGCCGGCCUCAUUAUCUCCGCCCCGGCGGCAAUAUUUGGCGCAUUGAAGUAGGCGCGCAGCACGCCGCGCGGCCCGGCCUCGCACGUUCGGGCCGCAUGGCGUGGCGCGCUUCGGUGGAGCUGCCCGCGCCUCACGUUUUUGCGUGGCGCCCUUCUUUGGGCGUUAGCUAGAGGCCGUCCGGCCUGCCCCUUUCUCUUUCAUAUUCGCCGGCCCCCCGCACUUACAUACAUACAAAGCGGCGAGACCAUGCCGCCGCUCCAGAGUGCUCCGCCUCGGUCGCGGCGGCCUUGCGCGGCCGGCUUUUCGCGAGUAGAAAGGGCGCCGGCGCAGCAGGGGCGCGCGCGGGGCGCCACUCACAUGUUGCCGCGCCGGCGCGCGCAAUAAGUUCGCCCAGGAGGCUCUGUCCCCAUUUUCGGGGAGACCGCCUCAGCCAUGUAGAAAAGGGGGGGGGCAGCGGGAUUCUUCGCAAGCCUGGCGGAUGUGCAAGCCUUCCGGCUUUUCGGCUUUUGAGGGCGCGACGAAAUCUUCUGCCUGAGUGCCGAAAGCCUGCCGAAAACUUGCCGAAAACUUUCCCCCGAACUUUCCCGCUUCGGGAUCAUUUUUGGACUCGAAAACUUUUGGAUGACUUUUCAACUCCCGGUCUGUAACUUUUGGUCGACUUUUAAACGGGAGAAUUUUUCGGGAAGGUUUCGCGGAAGGUUUUCGCCGACUUUUCGGGAAAGUUCGGGGGAAAGUUUUCGGCAAGUUCUCGGCAAAGUAUCCGGCAGAGUUUUCGGUAGAGGGGCGGAAAAGCUUCGCCGCCCGGCGCCUGCCCUUUGUUCCUGCCCGCCAGCCGGGCCGCCCUCGGGCGGCUGCCUUGCGCCCGAAAAGAGGCAGGCACAGCCCCCCGGCAGGCACGCCUGCGGUUAUUGCGCACGGGCGUAGCCAGGCAAGCGGCCGGCCCCGCCCCGGCGGGCGGGCGGCGCUACGUUGUCGCAUGCGCCACCGGGCAGCGGAUUCACGCCCCGGGGGCGCCGGUGCGCGUGUAGCUUGCUGCGAACCAAGAGAGGGCGCCCGGGCUUCGGCGUUUGCUACCGACCCCCUGAACUUGGCGCGUUGCGCCGUUCGGGGCGCGUUCGGGGCAUGCGCUCCGCGUGCUCCACACUUGCGGCGGCCGGCGGGCUCUCGGGGGCCCGGGCGCCGCUGGAGUUGGCGUCGGUUUGCCCAAACCCAUAGACGGAAGGAACACCCGGCCCGGCCGCGCCAUUCCUUCGCCCCCCCGCCCGCGACCGACCUAGACCGGGGCCACAAUGUGCCGGCCGGCAACAGCCGCGCGGGCGUGGCGCCGGCGCACUGCCGAGCCCGGGCGGGGGAGGCGUGUUAUUGGGGUGCCGAAGCGAUUCCGCCGCAUCCGCCAGGCGCCAGCCGGCCGGAGCCGGCCUGCCUGGGGGCCUCCCACCCUCUGAUAUGGGGGGGCGCCUGCAUGUUGGGCCCCGCCGGCCUGCCUGCGCGCCUGGAAUACCGGGCGGCGCCGCCGCGGGUCUACUUCCUACGUGCCGGCGGCCCGAUUGCCACCCAUCGCUCGUCUCGCCCUUCGCUCGCCCUGCGCCCCACCCUGUGGGCCGGGAUUGGGCGAUCCGUUUCGUCUCUAUCUGGUCAGCCAGGGCGCCUGUGCCUUUGCUGUUUUGCUUUUCCGACAAGCAUACCGCGCGGUCCGACGUCGGACCGCAUGGCACGCUCGACACCGUUUCGGGCGGGGCGAGUCAUGUUGGGGCGCCGGGCGAUGUGGUUGGUGCACGGGCGGAACUGCGCCCCUGCGUGCGACGUAGCGGAGGGGGCGUCGUGGGAGCUUAGUUACCCUCGGGGCCUGUUUGCUUGCUACGUGUGGGGCUGUCGGACGGUAAGCCGCUGCUGCGUGUGCCCAGCGUGCCAAAUAUAGCCUCCGUGGCGGAGGUGGUGAGGUCGGUGCCGCUGGCUGCCUUGCCCGCCGACCGUUGCCCUGGCCAGCCACUGCGUCCUUUUUCUGGGCCCCCCCGUGCCGCUUUUGGUAUGGCCAUGCCGUGUGGCUUGGCCGUCUUUUGGAAAGCAUGGCACUUCUUUGCCAAAUUUUCAGAACCCCUGUCCGAAAGCUACCCCUGGCGGUAUGGGGCCGAUCCGGGCGCCGCGGUGGAGCGCCCUGAAACCGAAGGCAAGCCGGUCCCAUGGCAUGGGGAUUGGCCUCGCGCGCUUUUGCUUUUCUGUGUUUUUUCUUUGCGCGCCGGCACCCUUUGCAAAGCUUCCGCCACAUAGAAACCGGCGAAAAGGUGGCGGCCGCUUUCGCGGCCGGCCAAAUGCUCCGAACGGAGCCCCGGCCCUGUCGUGUGGCUUCGCUUUUCUGAUUUGCCGCGAGUUUUUUGGGGCGCUCUUUUGCGCGCCCCAAAUCGCCAGAACCCCACGCGGCCGGCGCCUCAGCGGGGUGCCCCUUUUCUUUGUCGGCCCUCCUGUGUCGAGAGUAUUAUCAGCCGGCGACCGAUAGAACCCGGCGCCGGCGGUUCGUUGAAGUCAAACAAAGCCCAACAGGCUGGCGCGCUUUGAUCUUCCUCAUGUGGAAAAGCGCGAAACAGCAGCACGCACCGCCGGCAGCUUUUGGCCGGUGGUUGCUUUGCAUUAAGAAAGCUGCCAGGGUCGGGCCGUUUCGCGGUGGCGGCCCGCCGGCGGCGGGAGGCGCGGGGGAGCGCCGUGGUUCGCGGUGUUUGUGAGGCUUGGGCGCGCGCGUUUUUUGGCGAGGGCGCGUGCUGCCCGGUGCCCGGUUGCGUCGGGUUUAGGGUCUGGCGGACCGGCCCCCUUCCCUGUGUCGGUAGCCCUCCUCCUAGUCCGUUCCCGGGUAGGCCUUCCGGGCCUGGGGGGGGGCGGGUGGGUGCGAUGGGCGGUCAUGGCCUUUUUCUUUAGGGCGCCCGCGCCGGCAGCCGUUGGCUGGGUGCGGUCGGCGGGUGCCCGGCGCGCGCACGCUUCGGCGGGUUGAAAGGCGGUCGCUCGGGCUUCGCCGAUCACCCGCGGGACAAGAGGAGGCGUCGGCGCCCAAGACCUCGCAGGCGCCCCUGUUCUGUCGCUACUUGGAGUAUCUUCGUUGCGUUUUUUCGUUCUGACUCGCUUUAUCAAAUCGUUUUCAAUACCCUGAAAUCCUGAAAAGUCAAACGAAAAGUUUUGGAAAAGUUCGAAUCGCCCGCCAAUUAGGCGUUUUCUUUUGCAAACACGCUUCAUUUAAUCUGGAUCUUCGUGAUUCCAAUAGACGAAUUUCUCACGUAUUUGAGAGCCAGGUAUGACAGUGCACAACCCCCCUCCCCCUCGUUUGUAUUGCGCGAAUAGCAAUACAAACGCCAGCGACCCUGGUGGAGCCUGUGCAUGACAAAUUUGUGUACCUACUGUAGUUGAUUGUUUGGGCUCUCGAAAUUUGUCAUGCAUAAUAGUGACGCAAGGGAGCAACUGUAAUUGUGGAUUUUGCAUGAGAAAUGAGGGGGGCGGGGAGUUGUGCACAGUCAUACCUGGUGGAACUCGUUGAUGAAUUUCGUGCGGCCGGUGAAAAACUUCUUCUUCGACCCGAUAAUCUCCCUACUGUUCUUCCUUCACGGCACGAUCUACCCGCUACUCGCGAACUUGGACACAACGGCAAUUUUAGCGACGGUGUUUGACAUCAUGCAGUCGAAGAUUAUUUGGGGGAUACCGGUUUCCGGCCGGAGUUUAGGUUGGUGGCGGUGGGUUAGUGAAUACUUCUUGAUGUUUUACGAGUUUUCCGGACUGAAGAAAUUCGUCGACUGGCUGAUCAUAUUAUGCAUUGCAAAACAAGUACCGUACUAGUACUAUACUAGGAAUUAUCGCAAUACAAAUUAGCGCAGCAUGACAAAUGCAAUUUGCCAUGCUGAUUUAGCUUGGUCAGGCGAUUUGUCUUGCAUGAUUGAGAUGAUUCGUACGAGUACGAUACUUCUGCACUGCAUACGUCCCCGCUUUUUACAAAUACGUUUUGAAACGGCCGCCACCAAGCCCGCCAGUUAGUCCCAGACCGGAUGUGAGUAUGAGGGACGGUGGUGGUGGUUUCAGUACGAGAGGGAUGAAUGAGGACAGCGCCGACACGUCCGGACCACCCUCCCCGGAAAUGACGCCACCACCCGGUGGUGCGAUGACGCAGCUGUCAGGGAGUAGAGACGUGACGCCAACGCCCUUCAGGCUGGAGCUGCCGACCAUAAUGCCGGUCGUGACGGAUAAUUACGCCACGUCGAUUAAUGAGCCGGUUUUAUCCAGUGCCCCACUGUCGUCUUCCAGUCAUGUUGUAGAAGGAGAGCCGAGCAGCCAGAACAACAGCACUACUACUUCUUCUAUGCCGAUCCUGCUCGGUAAAUUAGGAUCGACAGAAAACACGCUGGCGUCGAGAGUAGCGGCAGAGCAGAUGAGCGCCGGGUCUUCUUGCACAGGAGACAACGUUAUGCAUUGCAAGAGUAUCGUACUCGUAUAUUAAAUGCAUUACAAAUUUCCUCAGCAUGAGAAAUACAAUCUGUCAUGCGGAUUUACCUGAAGAAAAGAAAUUGUAAUGCUUGACUGCAAUUAGUACGACUACGAUACUUUUGCACAGGAUAAACGUGAUCCCGAUAAGCUCUUGCGUUGACCAUGUGAAGCAGGUGGUAAGUGAUCUUGGAGGGGUCAACAGUCCUUCACCAGUCCUCGACUAUGGCAACAAAAAACAAGCAAGACAAGAACCGCGGCGCGAUUUCGAUUUGAAAUCCUCUUCCGACGAGCUAUUACGAGAAGAGCUGUUGAGAUCUUCAGCUGCGGAGAACGACUAUGAGACAAUAUCCUGUGAAAAAGUAUCGUACUCGUAGUCAUUGCAUUUAUGCACUACAAAUCUCUUUUUCAAGGCAAAACAGCAUGACAAAUUCCAUUUGUCAUGCUGGCCGAAUUUGUAAAUGCGAUUUCUACUAGUACGAUGCUUGUGCAAUGCAUAGCCAACGUUUCAUCUAGACGAUCUCCCCGGUUGGAGAGAUAAGCAUGGAGCUACUUCGACAAGAAUAGUAGACGAUAGGUCUGGCGUUUCCAUGCAUGACGAGAGGACGAACAUCAAGCAAAUUAUCCAAAUCCCCUCAAUGCAGAAGGAAACCAGCAGCAACUCCCUAGCGGACUCGCAGCACACGUCUUCCUCGAACGACUUGCCGUCAGAAGAAAUGCUACUGUCGAACGCGAAUUUAUCGCAUGACAAACUGAAGCGGGCAAGGAGUUCUGGCGAUCACAGCAGGGAUGAAAAUAUUUUCGACAAACCGUUGAUCUACUCAACCAGCAGCUCGGCGUCUUCCGCAACCUCCUCUGCGAGGGGAGAACAAAUGACAAAGGAGAACUCAUCUAUGUCCCUGAAAAAAUUGACCCUGCGACGUUCUUCCGCUUCAGUAGUGGAUGUGUGGCCGACCACAGGGUAA